AUGGUGGAGCUUAGAUCUGAAAAUGUAGAUUCAGCUCACAAGCUCAUCCAUGGAUCCCCAGUUCUUGAAUAUUUGGAUAUCUUGUUGGGGCCGGCUUUUGAGAGUAGAGAAGUGUUGAACAUUUCUGUGCCCACAUUGAAGCUUUUGAAGGUAGACCACUGGGGUUUUGGAGACCAGUUUAUGGUUAAUUCCCCCAAGCUUGAAUACCUUGAUCUCUCAUAUUUUUGGGCAGAGGGUUUUUCAUUAGAGAACUUAUCAUCCUUGUUGGAAGCAAGGAUUAAUAUUGGUUAUCCCGACUCUGGACCCAUCAGUUCAACCAACAUACUCAAUCUUCUUCGUGGGAUGUUAAGUAUCUUUGGGCCUCAUCUAUUCAGUGAAUCCCCGUUUUGCCCUGAAGUAUGGAUUACAGAUACACUGAGUAUCAGAUUUUAUGCCAAUUUUGGGGAUUAUGUUCUGCCAACUUUCCAUACUCUCCGUAAUUUGACACAUCUGAGGCUUUUGUCUGGCAUUGACGCUGAAGGCUUUGACUUGAAUUUGCCAAGUUACUUUCUUGAGUGCUCGCCUAAUGUUAAAGUUCUUGUUCUUCAGGGAUGCUCUUUAACCAAGUCCUGGAGUCCGCGUCUGAGAGUGCCUCGCUGUUUGUUGUUUCAUCUCAAGGAAGUUGAAUUUCUGGAGUUUGGUAGGGCAAAACAUGAGUUUGAAGUGGUAGAAUAUCUGCUGAAAAGUGCUUAA